ACUUAAUUUGAUUAUGAAAUUUUUAGAAAUGUUACUGCAGAUGCAUAAUGCAUUCCCCUUUCUACGCAGUGUCGAAGAAAUGGGAAAACAUUCUCCACAUGAGAAGCGCUACACUCUCUCGACCUUGUUGUUUUUGUUUCUGUUCCUGUCUCUCUGUUUCUACUUGACCAAACGAGCUUUUCGAUCUCAAUUUUCUCUGUACAAGGAUUCGUAUUAUUAUGGUCUUUUUUCCCCUCCUUCGGGAUCAGGAAAUUCGUCUGAUGACCCGUUAUUGCAAUCUUCAUCUGCUGUUGAGAUUCCUGUUUCCACAGGUAUUAGUGAUAAAAAUGGAGAUGGCGAGUCGAGAGAAAACAUAGGGUCGGAUGAGGCUGAAAAGAGAAAAGACUCGGUUCUUGAUAGUGUCUCUGUUGAUAAUGCAGUGAAUCAAACAUGGACCAAUGGCGAUGGAUUCGUUGAGACAGUGAAAAGUUGUAAUUUGUAUGUUGGUAGUUGGAUUAAAGAUGAGGAGAAUUAUCCGAUUUAUAAACCGGGGACUUGCCCUUAUGUUGAUCGGGCUUAUGAUUGUCAAACUAAUGGAAGAAAAGAUGUUGAAUACAUGAAAUGGCGAUGGAAGCCGGAUGGUUGCAACAUUCCUAGGUUUAAUGCAACGGACUUCUUGGUGAGACUGAGAGGCAAAAGGCUGAUGCUUGUAGGAGACUCUAUGAACCGGAAUCAAUUCGAGUCCCUCUUAUGCCUUCUUCGUGAAGGCCUGUCAAACAAAAGCAGCAUGUAUGAAAUCAAUGGCCGUCGGAUCACCAAGGGAAAAGGAUACUUUGUCUUCAGAUUUGAGGAACAUAACUGCUCAGUGGAAUUUGUGAGAUCUCAUUUCUUGGUAAAGGAAGGAAUCCGCAUCCAUGCCCGGAAAUAUUCAAACCCCAUCUUGCUGAUAGACAGGAUUGACAAGUCCUCGAAGCGUUGGAAGCAGGCUGACAUUCUUGUGUUCAAUACUGGGCAUUGGUGGACUCAUGGAAAGACAGCAGGGGGAAGAAACUAUUUUAAAGAGGGUGAUCAUCUUUAUCCCCAGUUUGACGCGGUGGAAGCUUAUAAAAGAGCAUUAAGGACAUGGGCAAAGUGGAUUGAUGAAAACAUGGAUCCUAGCAAGCUGGUGUUCUAUCGCGGUUUUUCAUCUCCCCAUUACAGAGGCGGAGACUGGGACUCAGGCGGAACUUGUAAAAGAGAGACGGAUCUUGUCAGAACAGGAGCCAUUCUUGAUAGCUAUCCAUUAAAGAUGAAGAUAGUGGAGGAUGUGAUUCGAGAAAUGCAGUUUCCAGUGGUCUUGCUGAAUGUAACCAAGUUGACCAAUUUUCGUAAAGAUGGUCAUCCAUCAGUGUAUGGAAGAGGUAAGGUCUCUUCCAGGAUCCAAGAUUGCAGUCAUUGGUGCUUGCCGGGGGUCCCUGACGCGUGGAAUGAGCUCAUUUAUGUCACCAUGCUUCUUCGUACAAGUUAAAUGCUCUUCCUCGGCAAUGUGCUCAUGCUCAUUCAUAUCUGUAGCUUCCAAGUGUAUAAAUGAGCUUUAAGUGUACAUAUAUAGCCAUGUCCAUAGCUUCUUCAUGCUGAUUUAUAUACUCAGGAGCUUACUGCUGCUUACCGCUAUACAUUAGGGACAGCUCCCCGAACUGGUUUGAUACGAUGCUCAUCAGAGUUUUUUCCCAUACGGUU